CUUAUGACCCAUCAGUCUUGUUGCAAACGUGACACAUACAGUUUACAAUGCAAAACACUAUAAUUUUUGCCGCCAUUUUCGCGUGCGCAACGGCUGCGCCAGCGCUACUGCUGAGCCACGAUACGGAGCUAAUGCACACUGUUCCAUUAGCCAAAUCCACAAUCACGAAGAGCAGUCAAGCGGUUGAUCAUGGAAGCACUCUAAUCCAUACACCUGUUCUUCCUGUCGUUCACACUUCACUGGUACAUACUCCAGUAGUACCUGUAUCCAAAAGUACUGUUACGAAGAGUAGUCAAGUCGUAAACCAUGGUGGCACUGCAGUAGUUCACAGCGUAUCAGUGGUACCAUUGGCUGCACACGCUGUUCAACAAGACGCUAUAGUACAUGCUGCUCCAUCAAAAACGACCGUGACAAGAAGUAAUCAAUUUGUCAACCAUGGCAGCACGUUGAUCCACUCAAAUCUAAUUCCUGUGCAUACAGCCCCCGUUUUGACUCAGUCAGCACCGGUGCUUGUACACCCAACUCCACUGUUCCACUCAUCUCCAUUAUUGAGUCUGAAGACUGGAGACUCAGCAGUGUCCCAUCAUAGUUCGACUGUUCACGAGACAGUGCCGGUUGUAAAAUCAUUACCGUACGUCUCUUUGUACCACUGAACUUGUUGGUGUCUGUUAAAUUAUUCAUUAUGUUUAUUGUAUUGAUUGUUUUUAAUAAAUUUAUUUUUUGAAAUCUGUAAA